CCUCUACAGAAAGAGGGCAGAGGGGAAAGCUGCAGAGAAAGAGUGUGCCUCCCUUCAAAACGAAGUUAGGGAGCUCACUGACAAGGUCAAAAAUUACGAAACUGUAAGUGCAGCUCACAAAGCGACACAGGAAAAGAAUGAUCGAAUGGCCCAAGAAAUACAUGCUCUUCGCGAAAAGUGUGAGAAACUCCAGAGGAAAUCGGCCAAAAUGGAAAGAGAGACUGCAGAGUGUGAUGAUCUCCAAAGACACCAAGAAGAACUCCAGAUCGAAAUUCAGUUCCUGCAGGAGGAACUCCAAAGAAACGGAGCUUUUGUGUCGGAAGCUGACCUUGAAGACUGUGAUGCAAAGAAACAGCAGAACAACGACAUGCAAGAAUGUCUCCUGCAGCUCAGGGAAAUGCAUCAAAAUUUCCUGUCUUCGCAAAAAUUAAACACUGCUGUAAAAGCUGAAAUGUACAAUGUAACAGAGCUCAAUACAGCUUUGCGAUAUGAGAUUGGCAAGAUAAAAGCAGACCUUCGAAAUGAACAAAGUCUGCGGGAUGUAAACGUUUUGAUCACAAAGGAAAGAGAUGAAAAGGUCAAGGAACACGAGACACUUCAAGAAGAACUCCUGCAGCUCAGGGAAAGGCAAAAGAAUGUCAAAGCUUUAGAAGAAUCGUACCGUGUCGUAAAAGCAGAGAAAAUGGUUGUUAGCCAGAAGUUCUAUGAUUUGCUACAGGAGGUUCAAGACUUAGAGAAAGAACUUAAAAAAGAAAAGGCUUUGAAGGAAAAGAAUGAGACGAUGCAAGCAUGUAACGAAGAGGUGAGCCAUCAAAACCAACUCUUCCAAAAUGAAAUUGUGCAGCUCAAGGAAAGGCUGGAGAAUUUCAAAGCUUUGGAAGAAUCCUAUACGUUUGCAAAAGCAGAGACCGAGGUUAUUAGCCACGAGAACGAUGCUUUGCAAGAUGAGAUUCAGGAGCUAGAGAAAGCAUUUGAGAACGAAAAGGCUUUGAAGGAAAUGAACGAGACAAUGCGUGCAUCUAACAAAGAGGUGAUCCAUCAAAACCAACUCUUCCAAAAUGAAAUUGUGCAGCUCAAGGAAAGGCUGGAAAAUUUCAAAGCUUUGGAAGAAUCCUACACGGUUGCAAAAGCAGAGAACAAGGCUAUUAGCCAUGAGAACAAUGCUUUGCAAGAUGAGAUUCAGGAGCUAGAGAAAGAACUUGGGAACGAAAAGGCUUUGAAGGAAAUGAACGAGGCGAUGCGAGAAUCUAACGAAAAGGUGAGCCAUCAAAACCAACUCUUCCAAAAGGAAAUUGUGCAGCUCAAGAAAAGGUUGGAGAAUUUCAAAGCUUUGGAAGAAUCCUACACAGUUGCAAAAGCAGAGAGCGAGGUUAUUAGCCACGAGAACAAUGCUUUGCAACAUGAGAUUCAGGAGAUGCACAAACAGGUUCAGCAUGGAGAAACGCUGCAGAAAAUGACCAACGAACUUCGAGUGUCAAAUGAAGAAAGGAGGAGUCAAAAUGAGGCUCUGCAGCAGGAACUCCGAGAUCUCAAACAAAAAUCGGACAGUUUAAAGGUGUGGGAAGACAAGUUCCAAGAAACUUCAGCCCACAAGGACGACUUAGAGGAACAGAACAUUGAUUUCAACAAGCAGAUCCAGGAUGCCUAUAAACAGCUCCAGAUCAGACAAAAUUUUAAGGAAAAACUUGCUGAUCUGGAAAUUGAAGAAAAAUCCCUGCUGGAAGAAAACAGAGUCCUGAGCGAGACCCAUUCUGAAGCCUUCAAUAGGUUUCAGCAAGAAGAAGAUUGGGAGUCCAAGUAUAACAUGCUGAAGGAACAGACAGACACCUUGAAACUACAGAACAGCGAGGCCACUGACAAAAUCAAUGGUUUUAACAACAAGCUUGUAGCUCUGAGUACUUUUAAGGCACAGUAUGAAGUAAUGAAGGCAAUGAAAAAAGUUCUUACUCCACAGAAUAACACUCUGCAAAAACAACUGCAGGACCUGGAGAAAAAGGUCACAAAAGAACAAAUUUGGGAGGAAAAACACAAUGUCAUUAAGUCAGAAAAUGACAUCCUGAGCCAAGAAAACAUCCUUCUUCUACGUAAAGUUCAGGAACGCAGCGAGUCACUCAAAGGCACAAAAGUUCUGACCAAGCUCUAUAAGACCCUGAAAGAUGAGAAAAACGCCAUGAGCCGGCAGAAUGAGACACUUCUUAUAGAACUCCUGAAGCUUGACAAAAAAACAGAUGAUGAGAAGGCUCUAGAGGAGAGGUGCACAUCGAUGAGAGCAGAGAAAGAAAACGCAAGAAGGAGUGGGGUCAUUCUCACAGAACGUAUUAGCUCCCUCAGAGAAACAGACACAAGCACACAAAUUUAGCACAUUCAGAUUUACACCAAACAACUUUUUUCAAUCAUUCCUAAAAAUUCCACUCCUUUGAUUUCCUUUUAACUUUACCUUUAUUACUUCCCUUACCACCUUAACAAAAACUUAAUUCCUUUACUCCGGGUUUACUCUGGGUGCUCCAGUUUCUCCCGCAACCAACAUUGAAUUAAUUUGGUUAUUAAUUCCUUAAAAAAACGUUAUUCCUUACAGUGCUUUUAACAGGGCGUUUACUCUGGGUGCUCCAGUUUCUCCCGCAACCAACAUUGAAUUAAUUUGGUUAUUAAUUCCUUAAAAAAACUUUAUUCCUUACAGUGCUUUUAACAGGGCGUUUACUCUGGGUGCUCCAGUUUGCCCAUAACCAACAUUUAAUUAAUUUGGUUAUUAAUUCCUUUAAAAAAAACGUAAUUCCUUACAGUGCUUUUAACAAGGGGUUUACUCUGGGUGCUCCAGUUUGCCCACAACCAACAUUGAAUUAAUUUGGUUAUUAAUUCCUUAAAAAAACCUUAAUUCCGUACAAUUCUUUUAACAGGGGGUUUACUCUGGGUGCUCCAGUUUGCCCACAAACAACACUGAAUUAUUUUGUUAUUAAUUCUUAAAAAAAACCCCACUGAAGUCAGAUAGAAAGAGACAGUAGGAACCAAAAAGCCACACAGCAUUUACGACUAACUGCAAUUCCCUUAAACCACUGGCUUGAAUUUAGAACCAAAACACCAAGUUAACUCCUUACAGCGCUUUAGACAGGGUUACUCUGGGUGCUCCAGUUUCAAAUCACAACACGCUCGACCUGGACCUCUAACACAAUCACCAGUACAAAUCCUAAAUCUCACACAGACAGAAUGAGGCUCUGUCAUGGAAAGUAGGACCCAGCAUCCAAACCGACCCACAGCCUCACAACCACAGACUUAUAAACAGCCAACAAAAUAUGAAAAGCAUCCAAACAUAGGACCCUACUUUUCUUUUUUUUUAACCAAGUAUUUAUUGGUGUUCAUAUGCGUUUAAACAUCUUUUAGAUUAUAUACGAUUUUUCUUUCUGUUACAUACAUAUAAACAACUAUACAAAGUUAUUCAUGAAAUGUAUGGACUGAACAGUCAAACAAAUAACAGUUUGGCAAACAACUUAGGCUCGAUGGUCUGUUUCUGACUUACUUCUACAUCACACAUACAGUUGGACAGUUCUGAGGUAGCAUAGUUUGACAACGUUUCACAUUGAUAGAUUUAAGUAUCUGCUCACAGGACCCCAUCUUGUUGUGAAAAUGUCCAUCUUAAGAUGAAGGUGAGCCGUUAUCUUCUCCAUCACAUAUACCUUCUUCACUCUCUCCUGCCACUGGGGUAUAGUAGGAGGGAGUGGUUUUAACGACAAGACAGUUAUCAUCUUCUUAGCUAUUAACAAUAGGACAUGUAAUAGAUACAGCUUUCUUUUUUCCCAUCUUCCCUUAGGGAGUGCUCCUAUGAUAUAAAAUUGUGGGGUCAGAGGUAAAUUGAUGUUUAAUAUAGAAAAGAAUUCUUUCUGAAUCCCUUCCCAAUAAUUUUUUAACUUUGGACAGUCCCAAAAUAUGUGUGUUUGGUCUCCAAUCAGGUGACAAUCCCUCCAGCACAUAUUUGUUUUAGUGCUAUCAAAUUUGGAGGUUAUGGAGGGAGUUCUAAAAAAUCUCACUUUUAAUUUCCAAUUGAAUUCUUUCCACAUUGGGCUACUGGUUAUUUUAUGUCCCAAUUCACAUACAUCUUCCAAGCAUGUAUCUUCGAUAACAUUAAUUUCUAACUCCCAUUUCCCUUUUAUAUCAAGAGAGCUCCCCGACAUCAACAAAUUUAAACAUUUAUAAAUUUGUGAAACAAUCUUAGUACCUUUCUUUUCUCUUAUAACAUUUAUGAACAAAUCUUCUAUAGGAGUGGGUUGCUUUUUAAGUAAACUCCAUUCUUUAUGUGACAUCAAGUAACUUCUCAGUUGCAAGUACCUAUAAAAGUCUUUACUUGUCAGAUCAAAUCUAUCUUGCAGUUGUUUAAAAGACCGCAGGAUUUCCCCUUCAAACAUCUGGUGUAUCAUUGUAAGCCCCUUUUCCCCCCAUUCUUUAAACCCAACGUCCAAUUUGUUUGGUUCAAAGUUCACUAGACCCGAAAUUUUCAUUGCUCUUAAAAUCUCCAGGGGGGCUCCAAUCUUUUUCUUAACAAUGUUCCAAACUCUUUGAGUGCACUUAAUCCAAUCAUUUUAAAUCUUAAAUUUGCUUUGAGUUUUCUUAUCCAAAAAAGGUAGUGCUUCAAGAGGUAUUGUUGCACACGAUUUUUUUUCUAGCUCAAGCCAAUUUGUUUCUUCAUUUUGCGAUAUCCACUCCACCAUUGCUUUAAGUAGUGCCGCCCAAAAGUAUAGUUUCAGGUUCGGCAAAUCAAGACCUCCCAACCUCUUGGGCCAAGUUAGUUGUUUCAGUCUAAUUCUGGGCCUUCUCUUUUGCCAGAUAAAAGUAGAUAUUAACCCGUCUAGUAUUUUGAAUACAGAGGAUGAAAUCCAAACCGGAAGCGACUGAAAAAGGUAGAGCAGCCUUGGAAGGAUAUUCAUCUUGAUUGAUUCAAUCCUGCCGAACAAGGAUAGUGGGAGUAUCUUCCAUCUUUCUAAAUCCGCCCUUAUUUGAGUAAUUAAUUUCCCAUAGUUUGCAUUGUAUAAUUGUGAAAUAUCUGGGGUGAUCAUAACACCUAAAUAUCUGAAUCCCAAAGCUGACCACUUAAAGGAGACUGUCUUAUCCAGUUCAGAUGGCCAUUUCCCCACCAGCAUCAUCGCCUCCGAUUUUGCCUCAUUAACCUUAUAGCCUGAUGCAAAUCCAAAAUCCCUUGAGCAAUUAAGCAGUGUUGGAAUAGAACUCAAAGGAUCACUUAUAUACAAUAUUAUAUCGUCCGCGUACAUCGAUAUUUUGUGUGUCCCUCCUAUACUAGAUAUCCCAUGGAUCAAAGGAUUUUCCCUUAUCAUUUCUGCUAAGGGCUCUAUGUUAAUUGCAAAUAAUAGGUGGGACAAUGGGCAUCCUUGCCUUGUCCCUCUUUUAAAUUCAAAUUGUUCUGAGGUGUGUCCGUUGACCCUCACUCUAGAACUUGGACUCAUGUAUAAUACUUUAAUCCAGUUAAUAAAGUCCAAAUGAAAGCCCAUUUUUAUCAGAGUAUGUUCCAAAUAUCUCCAGUCCACCCGAUCGAAUGCUUUCUCUGCAUCAAUGCUGAGAAGCAUGGAAGAUUGAUCACUAGUCUUAGCUGUUGAAAUAAUGUUCAGGGUACGUCUAAUAUUAUUCGAUGCCUGCCUUCCUGGUAUGAAACCUGUUUUUUUCGCAUUUAAUUAUUUUGUUAAUAUGCAUCUGAAUUUUUUUGGCCAUUAUUGCACUUAAUAUUUUUACGUCAUUACAGAGCAGACUAAUUGGUCUGUAUGAGGCACACGCUGCAGGGUUUUUCCCUUCUUUAUAUAUUACAGAUAUAAUUGCCUCUGACCGUGUUUUCGGAGGAUCCUUUUUAUUCAGGGCAUAAUUGAAAACCCUUUGUAACAGUGGUGUGAUUUCUGCCUGGAAACAUUUAUAAAACUCCCCAGGGUACCCAUCUGUUCCUGGUGAUUUGUUAUUUUUUAGGUUCUUCAUAACUUCUUUUAUUUCUUUUAUUUCUAACGCGUUAUCUUCUGUAAAGUUUAUUUUUGUUUCGGGAGCUUUUAUUCUAGGGUCGGACGGAGCACUGAAAUCAAGCGUCUGCUUCGGGCAUACCGGAAACGGAAGUCCGACCCUACUUUUCAACAAAAAUAAAAAUUUCCUCAGGUGUUGCUGUGGAAUAUUGUGACAACCAUACACUAUUAAAGCAGUAUGACUCACAGCAGUGUUU